CACCUGAUCCGUAAGAAUCCUCCCGACCGUCUGGACUCACUCACGCUUCUGGAAGAGGGUGCGGCACCUGAUGCCUGCCGUGUCAUGGCAUAAAGAUCAUGGCAGUGUUUUAGCAACUGGACUUAAAGCUUGACAUCCUACAUUUGAAAGGUUCUGACUGACGUGGUGUCACUGAACAGAACCUCAGUUUCUUCUUCCUCAACAUGCUGCAUCGUCACGCUUUCUUCAUGUUCAGGUAGCUGCUUUUUGUAAAUAAAACACAAUAACUGUGUUUGUAUAUUAGACACCCUGCUGCUUGUGUCUUUGCGUUGUGCUCAUAAGUGAUAAAACACAGGACAACUGCUUUUACACAAUGUAACCACUAGAGGGAGACACGUGCGCUCACUCUCUGCACUCCAUUUUUACUCAUUAACUAAAGCUCUGAUUGUUUUCUUUGGAUUUGUUUUCACAUGAAAAAUAAACCGCAUCCUGGAAACAGUCGAUGACGCGACUGUCUGUUUGUUGCUGUUUACAUGAACAAAACGGUUCGUAAAUUCUUACCCUGACAGUGAGUGUCACCUGCAGCAGAUCAGACCUCGCGCGCGCCGUGGACACGUGCGCUCAGCGCCGCUGGGUGGAGACGCACGUCUGUCACGGCUGCGUGAGACGCAGACGCACGCGGGCGCCCGCUCUCAUGAAACCGCUGGACGCCCUCAGCGGCUUCUUGACGCAGCAACUUUUAUCCGCUCAGGUUUGUUGAGUGAUGGAUUACUUAAUUCAGGAGGAAGCGUAUGCCACGAAAAAAUCGGGCUCCGUGAGCUGCUAGCAGCAGUAACGGUGGGGACGGUCAGGUGCCCGGGAGGUCACGGAGGGCGCGGAGCUGGAUGUCUGAAACGGCUUCAUGGGCCUGAAGAACCAUCUGGAGGAUGGGACAGGCCACAUCCUCAGCCUGGGGCUGGAUCUGGACUACCUCCACGUGGACGGGGCCGAGCGGCAGGUCGGCCUGGCCGCGUCCAUGGGCCCCGGGGCCGUAGGAGUCCUGCAGGUCCGAGGGGACAGCAGCAGCGUCAGCACCGGAAACAGCAGCAUCGGGAGUCGCUCAAGCUGCAGCAGCAGUAGCAGUUACAGCAACUACUCAGACGAUGAAGACGUGUCAGGUUCUGGAGCCCACCAUCAGGAGCGAGCGCCGCUGCACUACCAGAACUCAGACGGGCUGGACCCGGCACCAAGCCGACCCGUUCACCCACAGCCGGAACGGGGCACCGGCGCCGUGCCAGACUGUCGCACCAAAGUGGAGUUCGCUCUGAAGUUGGGUUACUCUGAGGAGCUGGUGCUGCUGGUGCUGAGGAAGCUGGGCCCCAACGCCCUCAUCAACGACAUGCUGGGAGAGCUGGUCAAACUGGGAACCAAGAAGGAGGCGGAGCAGGCAGGCCCGGCCGCCCCGCAGGCUUCUUCCACGGCCGGCGCCUCCUCCUCCAGCUCCUCCCUGAGCCAGCGGCUGCUGUGUCCCACCCAGCUGCUGAACGACAAAGAGAACCUGCGGCCGGUGGUGCUGGACGGGAGCAACGUGGCCAUGAGCCACGGGAACAAGGAGGUGUUCUCGUGUCAGGGCAUCCAGCUGGCGGUGGACUGGUUCCUGGACCGGGGUCACCGCGACGUCACCGUUUUCGUCCCUGCCUGGAGAAAGGAGCAGUCGCGGCCCGACGCGCUGAUCACAGACCAGGAGGUGCUCCGGCGGCUGGAGAAGGAGAAGAUUCUGGUGUUCACGCCGUCGCGCCGCGUGCAGGGCCGCCGGGUCGUCUGCUACGACGACCGCUUCAUCGUGAAGCUGGCCUUCGAGUCGGACGGCAUCAUCGUCUCCAACGACAACUACCGCGACCUCGCAAACGAGAAGCCGGAGUGGAAGAAGUUCAUCGACGAGCGCCUCCUCAUGUACUCGUUUGUGAACGACAAGUUUAUGCCUCCAGACGACCCACUGGGACGCCACGGGCCGAGCCUGGAGAACUUUCUGAGGAAAAGACCUGUGAUUCCUGAAAACAGGAAACAGCCAUGUCCAUAUGGUAAGAAGUGCACAUACGGCCACAAGUGCAAGUUCUACCACCCUGAGCGGGGCAGCCAGCCCCAGCGCGCCGUAGCAGACGAGCUCCGCGCCAGCGCCAAAACCUCAUCGGUCGUUUCCAGAGGCCUCCUGGAAGACGCCCUGAUGGCCAAGAGCCAAAGUUCUGGUCCACCAGAGGCGCCAGCUGAGGCUGAGCCCGGCCGGGACCCUCCGAAGACGAGGAGCAUCCUCGCUGACCUGCAGGCGGACCAGGUGGAGGGACGUGGAGGGGGCGCCAGCAGCAGCUUCCUGGGGCCUCCUGCUCCGGGAGGACCCCCGUCAUCGGGAGGCCAAGGCCAACUGGAGCUCAUGGCUGGAAGCAGCCCCCGGGUCGCGGGAGCUUCCAGAUCCAGCCAAGCUGACUCUAGAAGGAGUUACUCUAGAAGCGGUUCUCCAGAGCUGGGCUACAGCUCCCUGGUGCAGGCCUACUCCAGCCUCAGCCUGGUGGUGCCACAGAGUCCCGAAUGCUUCUCCCCAGCUGACCUGCGAGCUGGAUCUCUGCCGUCAGACUGCAGCAGCGAAGCCAGUUUCAGCUCUGACUCGUUUUCUCCCGAUCCCCUACUGGACGAAGGCCUCAAGUGCCACCAUCACCACCUCCACCACCCCCACAACCAUCAGUUCUCCCAGCCCGCCAGCCGCGUCCCGUCCGACCUGGGCCAGCACAUUUCUCUGGGCUACGCCGUCCCUCAGGCCCCGCGGAGGCCGUACGGCUUCGGCCCAGACGAGCCUCCGUCUUCUGCUACCUCUCACGCGUCACCGCGUGCCUUCGAGGCCCCUCCCACGUUCAUCUCGCCGCGCCAGCAUUCGGCUCUGGGCAGCUUCUCAGGAGAAUUCCCAGCUGUCCACUCCCACCCUCAGGGCUCCCCUCUGAGGCUUAACCAGAGGAGCUCCCUCUGGCAAGACGGGGGGGUUCAGGACUAUGAGGAGUCGCCUCGUUUUUCCAGAAGAGGCUUCUCUGGCCUGAACCCACAACCUCUGCACCAAAUGAGCUGGGAGCCCCGUUACCAGCAGUCGCCUAAGCCUCGCUAUGACUUGUUCGCCCACCAGAGCCCAGAGGUCUCCCCCUGGGGGAGGCCAGCCCACUCCUCAGCCUCACGCCUUCCCCCGCUCCCCCAGGUGUCCUCCCCUCUCAUCGCUCCCCACAGGAGCCACCUGCCAGCGCUCCCCCAGCAGCCGGAGUCGCCUCCUCUGGGCCGGUACCAGGAGCUCAGGGAGCGGCUGUUCGUUAACUUGUGCGGCAUCUUCCCUCCGGACUUGGUGAGGACAGUGAUGAGCAGGUAUCCUCACGUGAUGGAUCCUCAGGAACUUGCAGCUGCGAUUUUGAUGGCGAAGCGUGAUUCUUGACGCUGUAGCUUCAUUGUAACUGGGUGAAAAUAUAAAAGUUGGACAAAGUUGUGAACCAGAAGCGAAAGAUGUGAAACUCCUCCUCUUAUUAUUUAUCUGGGAAAUAGUCACUUAGCAAUAUGUUGAAUGUGGUUGCAAUUUCAGCACUUAAGAUCAGGACGGUGGGAGUUUGAGGCGCAUGUCUGUACUUUUGGUUAUGAGUAAAGACACAGACGUGCUUCUGGAAGCUUUUAAUGUGUGUCGAGGGUGACAAUGUUGUUGUUUUGAAAUUUAUUUAUUUUUUGCUUUUUAAUUUAUUUAGAGAUUUUAAAUGGAUCCUGUUUGGCACUUUUUGUUGUUGCGUUCUCUUCGGCUUUUCUUUUGGCAAUCAAUCAGGGUUUAUCUCCAGCUUCCAUUCAUCAUCUGCAUGUCAUUAUGAGGCCAUGCAGGAUUUUAGUAUUACUGCAGAGAUCCGUUUCGUAUUCGACGCUUGAAUCAGCCCGACCAACGGAUCCAGGGCUUUGUCGGGUUUUGACAGGUGUCAUAUCAGUUGCAGUGGAUUUCCCCCCCACAGGGAAGUGAAACUCAGAUGGAACCCACAGAAGAAGACGGAAAAAGUCCACUUGAAAACCCCACGCUUUUGACUUUUACUUAUUUCCUCCUCGCUGUCAGCUGACUUCACAGUUCAUCAUCUCCAGCGGUGUGUCGGUUACCACUUAACCUGAAGGAGGACUGUAUUAGUUUGAUUUUAAUUUAUAAUAUGUGUUAAUUUAUUUUGUGAGUGAGUUUGACCCUGACGGUUCAGCCAGUGGUUCAUACGAUUAUGCGUUGGUUCCACAGACACGUCACGUAGCUUUUAGUUCUACCAGCGUUUCUCAGUGUAACUAAUCUCCCCGGUGACAUCAGCGUCUUGUGUUUCCUUCCUUUAACCGUCAGUCUGUUUUUCUUUUAAAUUGUUCGCCCAAAACGUGAGGCUUCCAAACAGGCCUCAGUUUGUGGAAGCUCUCAGUGUGAAGCGCUUUGAACCGCAUGUGAUGCACGAACUAAUACUACUUGUGUUACUUCCACCAGUGAGAUUGUUUUGCCUCUGGAGCGGUUUGUGUUGCUGAGUUCAAUAUCUCUGAGCCAGAUGAUGUCUGCGUUGAUACAAAUUGUAUCCUUUAUGCUUCUAAAACAAGAACAUUGUUCAUAUGAGAAUAUUUAAAGAACAAUGAACCUUUUAAGUAUUGGUGGCGAACUUCGUCACCUUUGAACUUUAUUUAUACGAGGAAGUCUCCGAUGCAGAGUCACUGUUAUUGUUUAUGCUGCCAGUCAACUGAAGCUAAAAAUGUGCAGUUGGAUCUGGGUGGGAAACCACGCGGAGGAGGCGGUUGAGCCUUUCGUUUGCCUCAGAGCAAACUGCUUCUCAAGUUCGAGCCUCGGGCUCAGAAUGUGUAAGGACACAGAAAGCGCGUGUUGUUUCCAGCUCCUCAGGACCCUUUCGCUCCUUCACACUGCUGAACCCUUGACGUGCUGAGUCAGGGCCCUGCUGGCACCGUGUGCUGGCGUUUGCUACAAACUAACCUGUAAUGACCUCAACACUUUACAGUCCACAUUUAGUGUUUGAGGGCCAAAACUAUUUUUCUAUCAUAAGAGUGACGUAUUUUUUUAAUAGUUUGUAAACCUGCAGUAAGAGGUGGUGAUGAUAGUGGAUGUACUGUUGUUCCAUGAAUUACCCGCGUUCAGACUGAGCGUGAAGCUGACGUCUAGCGAUGGUUGUGGCUGAACCCACGUUGUCUCUGGGAAUCGGAGUUGUGUGUGUGCGACGCAUCCUCAUUGUUGUAUCACAGCUUCCGCGCAGCGUUUUCAUGCAAUGAUCAGCUCUCAGUGCUGCCAGCUGUGUCUGAACAGGGGGAAGAUUUCUGCUUGUUCAGUUCUACUUCACAUCCUCUGGAUUGAAACGGGCUUCGUGUCUGGUCCGGACGCACCUUUGAACACGUCUGUGGGUUCUGUUCAGACAGAAGCCCUUCCCUAGUGUUGUUAUUGUCACAUUCCAAACACGUCCCCGUUCAUCAGCUGAGUCCUGCCUUUAUUCCUACACUAUCGUGCUUUAAUACAGCUUCAUUUCUGCCGCCUCAUUAGGAACGAAGCCAAGUCCAAAGGCUGCUCAGGUCCAGCGGUGGUUAUUAAACCAAAUCUAGAGACGACGUGGGAGCGUUAGCGCUUUGCUGCUGUUGGUGGAUCAGAGUCUUGGGCCCGGUGCCCUAAGGUUCAGACCGGACCGCUGCCAAGUUACACAUUAGUCUGAUGUGAGACAAGCAAAACACGUGUUGCUUAAUUAGGCUUAUAAUGAAUUAGAGAAUUUGAAAGACAAGAUGUUCGACAUGUGAGCGACUGUAUCCUUCAUUAAAUUGUUGUAGUUAAUGAAAGCAGAGUCUGUUUCUCCAUGCUAUUAACUCAAAAAAAGAAAACCUGAAAUGUUCAGCAUGUGUUUUUGUGUGUGUGAUGUCAACGUGAGCAAUAAAAGCGCUGCUCAAGCUUUCA